AUGAGCUCCGCACUCGGGCGAAGACCGUACGUUCACGCCCGAUCGCCUGCACUGUGCGAUGCAGAGAAGGGCCUCUCGCCGGAGCUCUGCAGGUUCAAAGCAUUUUUGAUCAGACACUGAUACAGUACGGCCUUAUUCUCUGAUCGUACAGGUCCUACGGUUACUCGAAUGACCCAGACGUGGCAGCCGACGGAGUCCGGCCAGGCUCGUCGCCGUCCACGUCGGCCUCGAUUACUUCGCUUGAUGAGCUGACGACGAGCAACACGUUGCUCAACGUAGCACGCACCAACAUUCCGACGUCACAGAAUGGGGAACGGAGUCGUGCCAACUCGGUCGUCGCUUCGUUCUGGCCCAUGAGCUCAGGGCAAGGACAAGGACAGGGCCAUCCCUCAAGAGCUCCCAGAGGGAGCGUUGGAGGUCCUAUGUGGGUCGACGGCGGCGACGACGAUAGCACGAUCAAGCGGAGAAAGAGUUAUGUCGAACUCGACAUCGAUGGCACCGAUGGUAGUGAUGCACCGGUGAUUUUCGAGCCUUGCGCACAGGCUGGCUCUCUGGUUAUGUGGGGGUGGGCUCCUUACGCCCUCUGAUCGGAGAAACCGGAGUACUGAAUCGAGCUUGCGGACCGCUUUCUACCUUCCAGCGAUACAGGAGUUCCCAGAAACCGAUCAAUGUAUUGAAUGUGCGAUCAUCGACGCUACGGUCCACCCUACGAGCUCCUCGUCGAAUCCUCGUCUUGCUCCUACUUCCCAUCUCGGUCUAUGUCGUGUACAGGACAGCGAUACAAAGUCGCAGCAUGACGAAUGACUCGUCUGUCGAUGCUAUGGCACAGUUGUACCGAGGUAGCUGGAUUGGCGAAACUGCCAGAGGUGCCGCUGGAAUCCGCUACGCUUUCGGCAAACUCAUUGGCGCUCACGGCGGUGAGUGGCAGGGCGAAGUGCCUGCCAGGAAGAAUGUCAGUUGGGCCUUGCGUUGGUAUAUGCUGUGCUCUGCCAGUCAGCUUAUCAGGUGACCGUGUGGGCUUUCCUCUAUUCCGUUGGUGCGGGACAUAGCCUCUCAAAACCCGGAUCCCACUCAAAUCCUUCAGAGACAACCUCAGAGACGACCAUGGCUACGUGACCUCGUUUCCGUAUGGAGGUACCAGUGAGCUAACGCAGCCUUCAGCCUCUAUGAUAUAUUUGAUCCGUAACUAAAGCUAGUCCUGGGCGAGGAUGUGUGGGCAGCGAAUCAACUGAUGGAGAUUCUCAAGCUCGUUCAUCUGGGUCAGCUGCUCAACCGAGACGUUAUCUUGUAAGUAGAUCUAAGAUUGAGACUUUGACUACUCAUUUGAAACACCAUCGUCGGUCUAACCUUAUCAUGUCACCAUACGCCUUUAGAUCCGAGCUGAUGGCCACACACGAGCACGCUCCCAACGUUGGCUAUUCCAAAUUCUUCGACCUUGACCUGUUCUCCUUCUUGACGAAUGUCUCGAUCAUGGAGUGGCAAGAGGUCAAGAUCCCACUUGAAACAGGCACCUCACCCGAAAAGCUCUCGUGUUGGGGGUGGCAAGACAACGCGCCCCUGAAGGGAUAUAAUGUCCAGACAUUCUUUUGGCCCCCGCCUGGUCAACUCACGGUCCCUAGUUCAAUUCAGACGAGCAUGAGUUUCCCCGCGAUGGAGGUGUUGGCAAGUCAAAGCAAUCGAAAGUGGUUAGACGAGAGCGCUCAGCGCAUAUACGGAGGUUGGGAGAAUGCGCCGGAUCCGCCUGACACGAAGCUGAUGUGCUUCGAGAAUCUCUUCUACGGUCAGUGGGUGAUCCCCAGAGCUGAGGAUUUGACGAUGAAGCGAGACAAGGAGUUGUGCUAAUACCGCCUUUAUGAACCAAAUCAGUCCCAUCAAUUCACUUUGUGGAAGGGGCCGUAGACCAAUCUUACACGAUUGAAGAGUUGUCUCCCAACGAUCCAGUUUGGACUUCGGUCGGGCAGCAUCUUCACUACAAUGCGCACAUCUCGCACAUCGCCGAUGAGCUUUUGACGUUUCUGAUGGGACGUUCUGGCGCUCGCAAACCCUUCAUCGGUGUCCAUCUACGUCGUGGAGACUUUGUGUCCCUCGGACGGAUCGCAGGGGACGAUGUAGGAAGCUACACGAGGGCCGUGACCGAGGUGCAAAGCGAGUUGAGAAAGAAUCGCAAGUGGUCCGGAAUCGGAGGGAAAAGGGACCUGCCGGUCAUCUUUGCUACCGACGCGACGGACGAUCCCUUCCUCAACAAACUGGCCGACUUGGGGUGGCUGCGCAUCAACCACCAGGAAUUUGCCACAGGUCAGUUUACUUGCUUGGUGCAGCAAUUCCCUUCUCCUGCGCAGCUGACCGAGACUCAUGUGUACGCGUACAGAUGUGCGCUUCGGUGGUUGGUAUCCUUCCAUGCUCGAUUCGUUGCUGUUGUCUCGAGCGGUUGGUUUUGUCGGGUAAGUCCAGAAUACGCCUGCGAUGCACUCGGAUUCAUCACACUGAGCAGCUUCGACUCUCGCUCGCGAUUCUCACAGAACCAAGAGCUCGACAUACUCUUAUCUCACCGCGAGGAGGGUUGAAACAUGGAACGACGGAGUCACGAGGAUUGCAGGGUGA